AUGUUCACAGACAACCCCUCGUACUUCUCGUUGUCGAGCGGGGCCUCGUCGGCCUCGCCGGCAACGAGCGUCGCCCUUUCGCCACCCUCGAGGCCCGGGCCCGCCACGGGGUUGACGGCCCUGUUCCGUCGACGCCCCUGCAAGACCGCGGAGGGCGGCGGCAACAGGGCCGCGGAGGAACGGUCGGCGAGGAACGGGAACCCGGGACUGAACGGGCCACCCGUCAACCAGAGGAGGAGCUUCAGGAAUCUGUUCAGGUCGGUGAGCGCUAACGCGGACCCGGAGAGGACUCAGCAGUUCCUCAAGGGAGAUCCCAGGCCGUCCGACGUCGCCCCACCCUCCCCCUAUCUGCCCCACAGGUCGCAUUCGCACUCUGAGAACGACAAGAGGCGGCCAGGGCGGAGCAGAGGGGCGUUGAAGUCCGCCGGCGAACUCUUGUCCAACGAUAUGGUGUAUUGCGGGUUGGCGAGGGAGAAUCACGACGGCGGGAACGGCGAGGACGACGACGAGGACGAGGAGGAGGAGGGGGACGGAGAGGAGGAAGAUCGGGAGUCGAACGAAGUGUUCGUCGGCGUGGAGGAUGCCAGGUACUACAAUCUCUCGUCCACUCUGCCGGCGACGGGUCGAAGAAGGCACUCGAUCAGCACCUUCCUGGGGAAGGAUCGCGGCUCUUCCUCGAGCAAGGACAACGUCUCGAGGAAGCAGCAAAGCUCGGCCGUUUUGACGGAGCCCGACGCGAUGGCGCCACCUGUACCCACGAUGGACACCGUGGACGGUGCUCGCGGGGAGGAGCGGAAACCGAGGUCGUGCAGCAGAUCCAGGCGCAGGAGGCAUCGAAGCGCUUCGAGCAAGGGUUCUCGUUCAGCAACCGGGCUAUCGAAGAUCGAUUCGCAUCCCGAAGAUGACGUGCUUUUUGUGUCGAGCAAAGACAGCGAGAUUUCAAGCCUGUGGGUCAAUUAUCUCACCGCCUGUUUCGAGCAGAUCAGUAGGCAACAGGGCCGGCCGCCUUUCAAAGUUCGUCACGUGACAGUGGAAGAAUCGAUACAACCCGGCACCGAGGAGAGGAUUCGAUCGGCGCGUUUGCAGAUCGUCGUCGUGUGUCCAAUAUUGUUGGAACGGGUUCAAAAUCGUCCGGAACACGCGACGAACCUCUCGAGACAAUUGAUCACCGACAAAGUGCUCGCGAUGAUGUUGGGCGUUCACGAUAACCACAUAAGCGAGCUUCACAAAUCGAUUCUGGUCUCGUACAAUCAGUGGAGGAAAUUCUUCGUGAAAGACCAGGACGAGACGUUUGUUGGUGAAUUAUUGGGUGCAGCGAUCGGAAUUCUUGGUGCCACGCCACCUCCCGCAUUGAGGAGCGACAAAACAGCGUUUUCGGUUCAUCCGAAGAAAGUGAAGUUGGGCCACAAUCGGAUAAUAGCGUUGCUGAAUGAUCCCUUGCGACCCGAGGACAACGUGUCGGUGAUCGUGGAUCGUUGCGGCGAAGCGAUCGACAUCGCCCACGUGAAACGAAGGAAUCCCUACGCCUUGCAAUUCUCGAUUCCUGACAGAUGUUUGGAGGUGUCGAUGCUGGUCGGUGUUCGUAUAUCGAAGAACGGUUGUCCGUUGGGCGUGAGGCAGGUGAAGUGCGAGAGCAGGCUAAGGGAACUCGAUCAGAUCCUCAGGGCUCACGAUAACCCCUUAGAAUUCAUGUGCCAGACGUUCGGCUUCAAUCCUGGCGACAGGGAACAAUUGGAUAAUUGGAUGGUCCACGCGUUUCAACGAAACGUUCCACCGCAUUUCAACCUCCUAUCCACGCCCAGUGGAGUGGUCUCUGCUCAGAAAGUCCACUCGAGUCCCGAAGAAAAUCCGACGUUGCUACACUUUGCCGCCCGUUUCGGUCUGGAACGAUUAGCUUGGCAACUGUUGGAAUGCCCAGGCGGUGAUAUAGCAUGCGAUCUGAGGAACGUGUCGGAACUCACUCCUGCGGAUCUUGCGGAGCAGGCGGGACACGCGAGACUUGCGCAUCAGCUACGUGGCUACAUGCAAAUGAACGAGUUCACUAACAUGUACAGCUACUUGAAAGUGAUCAGCGAGACGACGACGGAUCAAGCGGCAAGUACGGAACCAUCAACGACUAACACAACAAACGAAACCAAUAACGACAAGGAAGAUUAUUGUCGUCCACGACCUUUGAGCGAAGCUUAUUCGGUACCACCGGCCGCAAGACCAAUAACGUCCAUAAUCUUGCCAGGUCAAUUACCAGUAACCACUAGUAACCCCAUUGAGGCGAAUUACUCGAUCGUACCAGCACCAACUCCAGUCAUCGUCAACCCAUCAACACCAACCAUCACGAAUGGCCUUGAACUUUCUCUUCAAGGUUACAUGAAAAUGCAUCCAGCUGGUCCCAAAACACCAACGUCGAAUAUACCAAACCAGCAACCGUCCCGAACAGGGACGCCUACGCAGAAUCGUCCAGAUUCCCAUCCCAUGGCUGCUCGAGAGGAAAACGGUCAAUCUUCUUGCUCUUAUGGAAGAACGACUUCCAAUUGCAGCAGUGUGAAAUCGAGGGAGCCGUCCGGACCCCAGGACGAGUUAUUAGAGAUAAUAAACGACUUCAAGAAUAACGUGUUCACGAUAACAGAAGUGGAGAGACUGGUCGAGAAUUGGAGGAAUCGUAACGACGUUCAACAAAGCUUCAAAGAUAAACAGAGGCAGUUGACCGCAAUGAGAGAAGAGUAUGAAAGGAUACAGAAAAGAAUGAAAGAAGAGAUGAAGGCUCCAACGCCUUUUGAUAGAAUUAAGAAAUUCUUUUCUAAGGGAAAGAAAGAUUCAAAAGACUCUUCGAAUGGAAGUGACGAUUCUUCUUUGACCAGCAAAACGGAGAAUGUUAAUGGCGCACUGGCCGAUCGCAGACCAGUUAGUAGUUUGAGUCUGCGUAGCGUUUCAAGCUCCUCUUCGUCUGGUAGAAUGAGUACUGCUAGCGGAUGUAGUGGAACUAGUUUAGGCGACAGUGGAACUCAUUCUGAUACCGAGGAUCGUCGGUUACAAAAUGUUAGAGAGGACAAACCGAGUGUGAUGUCGUAUGAGAUACCACCAACUCCAAAACCGUUCACUGGAAGAUACUCACCGGCGCUUAGAUAUUCUCCCUCUCCUCGUUCCUCGACUGGAAACGAUCUUGAUCUGAGACCGUCACAGACACCAUCAAGGACUGAGGAUACUGAAUAUUACAUCGCCUUUCCACCUUCGGGAUUACCUAUCCAUUCUUUCAAGACAGAGACUUCUCUGAAGGAACCAAAAACACCAAAUUCCCCCUGUGAUCAUCCCAAGUACCUGGAUAUGAUACAAAAUUCGUCUCCAGCAACAACUGAUAUCUUAGAAUCAGACGCAUCUUCUAGACAUCUUGGCAACAAUUAUGCAAACAUAGACCCGUCUACGUUGAACUCUGCGCCAGUGCCGCCAGCUGGCAUUCCUACAAAUUACGUGAACGUGACACCCGCUUGCGUCACUUCGUUUCAAGAAACUGUCCAAGGUCACCAGACCGAGCAGAGACAUUCGCUUGAAUCAAGUCACGCGUGCGAAACUUCAAAAAACUCAUCCAAGAUCGUGACAUCCAAUAAUGGGCAAGAUCAAGAUCGUAUCACGAACGAAAUCCAAAGUAAAAAUAAUCAAGGUCAUGUUGCGAAUGAAAUCGAAAGUAAAAGCAACGAGGAAUACGUGGAAACAAAUUUGAUGAAUAGUUCGGAGGACGUGGAUGUUCCGCCGGAUAUCGGUAAACUACCGGAAUAUAUGAAUGUCGAUGUUCCUCAGGAUCAAAAAGCCGAUAUAACGAACAUGCCUGCACCUCCCGUUCCACCAAGAGUCGUCGUAAAAAAAUAAAAGAAAAAACGAAUACUACAAACGAAAGCUGCUGUGCUGCCUUUUGUUCCCGGAAAAUCUUAACAAAUGGAUCGACCGAAGUGCUCUCGACAAUUGUUUUUAUUGGAACAUAACUUCAAGUACUAAAGUGUGUCCUUCGUAAUCGUUAUGUAUUAGUAAUGUAUUUAAAUGUAAAUUGUUCGUUUCAAGAUGAUUCGUAUUGGGAAGAAUCUGUAAAAUGUCUUGAAUCUAUAUUCGAAAUGCGGCACGUAUAUAUAUAUAUAUAUUUUUUUCUUUUUUUUCAAUACUCGGUAAAGCAUGAUUUCAUCUGUAGAUUAUUUUGUAUUAUUGUGUUACAAUUAACAUACAUCUAUUAUUCGUUAUUAUUUUUAAACUGCCUCGAAUGCAUUGCGAGAAUAAAAUCGAUGCAUUAAUUAGUUAUUAA